GCGUCAAUCUAGAGAAGUAAAGAAAGUGAUAGACGUGGCGUUAACGAGAAAGCUAGGACAGACAAGAAAAGAUGUUGACCAAAUUCGAAACGAAAUCGGCACGAGUUAAAGGCUUGAGUUUCCAUCCGAAAAGGCCAUGGAUCCUGGCCAGUCUUCACAAUGGCGUAAUUCAGUUGUGGGAUUACCGAAUGUGCACUCUCUUAGACAAGUUCGACGAACACGAUGGACCCGUUAGAGGAAUUUGCUUCCAUAAUCAACAACCACUCUUCGUUUCCGGAGGCGAUGAUUAUAAAAUUAAGGUUUGGAAUUAUAAACAACGUAGAUGUAUUUUUACUUUACUUGGUCAUUUGGAUUACAUUCGUACUACAACAUUCCAUCACGAAUAUCCUUGGAUCCUAAGUGCAUCAGAUGACCAAACUAUUCGCAUUUGGAAUUGGCAAUCUCGUACAUGUAUUUGUGUGCUCACUGGGCAUAACCACUAUGUCAUGUGCGCACAGUUUCAUUCAUCUGAAGAUAUGGUAGUUUCUGCAUCUCUAGAUCAAACUGUUAGAGUAUGGGAUAUAUCAGGAUUAAGAAAGAAAAAUGUAGCACCUGGUCCAGGUGGAUUGGAGGAGCACUUAAAAAAUCCUGGCCACACUGAUUUAUUUGGAACAUCUGAUGCUAUUGUGAAGCAUGUUUUAGAAGGACAUGAUCGAGGAGUAAAUUGGGCAGGAUUUCAUCCAAAAGUAUCACUUAUUGUAUCAGGAGCUGAUGAUAGACAAAUAAAACUUUGGAGAAUGAAUGAGGCCAAAGCUUGGGAAGUAGAUACUUGCAGAGGACAUUACAAUAAUGUAUCAUGUGUGAUUUUUCAUCCAAGGUAA